AUGUCCAAGGUAAUGAGAAGUGUAAAAAAUGUCACCAAAGGCUAUUCUAGUGUUCAGGUCAAAGUGCGCGAAGCAACGAGUAAUGAUCCAUGGGGCCCGACCGGAACUCAGAUGAGCGAGAUCGCUCAACUAACUUACAAUUCGUCCACCGAGUUCUACGAUAUUGUUGAUAUGCUCGACAAACGUCUGAACGACAAGGGCAAGAAUUGGAGGCACGUCCUGAAGGCACUGAAAGUGCUCGACUACUGUUUGCACGAAGGGUCCGAAUUAAUUGUCACUUGGGCUCGCAAGAACAUAUACAUCAUCAAGACCCUUCGCGAAUUCGUCUACAUCGAUGAGGAUGGCCGGGACGUGGGUCAAAAUGUUCGGGUUGCCGCGAAAGAAUUAACUUCUUUGAUUCUAGACGAAGAGAGACUACGUGCUGAGCGAAGUGAUCGCAAGACGUGGAAAUCUCGCGUCACCGGUAUUGAGGAAUUCGCUUCAGAAGGACCGACCGUUCCAGCACAACGGCGCCAGCGUCCCAGACGGCAAAGCGGCGACGACGAAGAGGACGCCGAGUACAAAUUAGCUUUGGAGGCCAGCAAGUAUCAGGAGGAAGAAGACCGAAGGAGACGUGAAGGUCGCCAGGGAGUCGAGGAAGAUGACGACGAUCUAGCCAAGGCCAUUAAGCUUAGCAAAGAGGAAGACGAGCGAAGGAGGCGCGAGUUGGAAGAGAGUAAUGCUAGUUCGCUCUUCGACGAUGCCCCUACGACGAGUACCGCACCUCAGCCUACAGGAAUGAAUAUGGGAUAUCAGCAGGGCAGCAAUGUCGACUGGCUUGGAAAUCCGAUCGAUCAGAACCAAAUGAUGCAGGCUCAGCCGACUGGGUAUAUGAACAACGCGUACACUGGGUAUCCGACGAAUGGUUAUGCAAAUGGGUACAACAAUGGCUUCAACCCGCAGCAGACCGGCAUGUAUGACCCAUACGGCCAGCAGCAAAACAACACCCUUCAGCCUCAGCCGCAGCCAUUCCAAAUGCAGGCAACUGGAUAUAACCCUUAUGCGCAGCAACAACCCCAGUUCCAACAACCGCAGCCCACUGCCUCUCCAGAACCAACCGUACCUUCUGGUAGUAAUAACCCCUGGGCGUCGAACAAUGGGAAUCAAGCCCAAUCGCUUAAACCAAUGCCGACUGGUUCGAACAAUCCUUUUGCAAGUGGGUUUAGCCGACCGCAAUCGAGCAGAGCCCCGGCGAUUCCUACGCUUAGUAGCCUACAAAGCCUUCCCGAACAAAAAAGCCUGCAGGCGUUCAGUCCUUCGCCCCAACCCCAAUCUCAGCCCUCUUUCAGCCAACCACAGCCAUCCUACAACCAAACCCAGCAACCUCAGAAGCAGCUUAGUGAACACGAACAGAGACUCAAUGCUCUUCUUGCUAGUGGUGAGGGUAUGGACACGUUCGGAAACACUGGCGAGCUACGUAUUCCAGCUCAACACACAGCACCGGGUACAUUCGUCAACUCCGCAGGUGUAGGUGCUAAUAAGCUUACGGCGGAGGCUACGGGCAACAACCCCUUUCUUCGUCAACAAUUUACCGGUAUGCCAACGGUCUCGUACGGGUCGCAGCAGCAGAUGCAGGUGCCACAGAUGCCACAGAUGCCUGCAGCCACUGGUCCAGCCGGUAUGAAUGGGUAUGGUGGAGGAAGUAACCCGUUUGCCUCACGACCUCAGCAGCAGAACAACAACCAGGGGCAAGACCUCAUCCAAUUUUAG